AUGGCGCUGCUCGUUGGCUUCCAAAGAGGAGACGUUACGCCACACUUGGAGGGGAAAGAGUGGCCUGACAAGGCCAGCAUGGAAGAGGAGUUGGCCAGGGAGGCCUCUGAGGUGGAGGAAGAGGCUCCCAGGACCUCCUCCACAGCCCAAGAGGUGGAAGAGGAGAUAGUCGUGCCGACUUCGGCUUCCGUGGAGGAGGACACCACAGGGCCUGUAUCCACAUCCUUAGAUAUGGGGGAGGACCACAAACAGACCUCCCUCAGCCCUUCGGAGUGGGAGGAGACCUCUGAGUCAGCAGCCCCACAAGCCCUGAGUCUCAGUGGAACCUCCUCCCUCCCGGUGGAGGAGUCUGGGGGCUUCUGGUCCUCCUCCACGCCUCCCUCGCCCGCAACGUCCCCUCUUCCCUGGAAAGGGCAGCGGGACGGGCUGCAGUCCCUGGGCGAGGAAGGGGGCAGCGAGGGCCGGCAGCGGAGCAGCAGCCCGACUGAGAGGAAGGCAAAGAAGAAGGCCCUGGCUAAGAAGGGAGCUCUGAACUACACGGUGCGCCCCGUGGUGCCAGCAGAGAAGGCAGAGCUCGUGGCGGUGGCCAAGGCCAUGCACCGGGAUAACUUUGGGAGGAACGUGAAGGAGCUCUUCCACCUGGAGAGGGAGGCAGCCCUGAAGUCCAUGGAGACAGGUCUCUACAUCGGCUGGCGCUGCCCUGAAUACCUGUGGGACUGCUUCCGGGUGGGCGAUGAGUCCAAGUGCUUCUGCGGCCACCUCCUGAAGCAGCACCAGAUCUACGUGGAGCGCCGAGCGACCGUGCCCUGCACCCUCCCGCAGUGCAAGUGCCCGACCUUCACGUUCGUCCCGUCGCGGCCCGAGGAGGUGGGCGAGUUCUGGCUGAAGAGGCGAACGGGCUUCGACCCGGCCGCCUGGCGCGCUAAGUGCCGCUGCAAGCACACGCACGAGGACCACGCGCCGCUCGGAUCCCGCGCCUGCGAGGCCCCAGGCUGCUCCUGCGGGGCCUUCGCCUCCAGCUUCCUGUGUGCGGCCUGCGACCGGUGCUGGGAAGAGCACGAAACCUUCUUUGAGUCGGAGGAGACGCGCCGCAAAGGGGGCCGCCCAUACGGGGAGGCCUAUUUGCCCUUUGCCGAGAUGCCCGAGCUGUGCAACGCCGUGCUGACAGGGCGGCCCGAGGACGACUCCGCCUUCCAGGCUCUCCAGGCCCGGGGGGGCUUCUUCUGCCUGCCCGCCCCCUCCGGCUCACGCCCCCCUCUGCCUCUUCCCCCCUCAGGGCCCCCCCGCCGGAUGCCGGAGAAAAAAGACGACAGGAAGGCCUGA